CUCUCAUCCUAAACCAUCAUCCUCAUCUUCCCUCUCAUCAUCUUCAUCUUCAUCCCUUUCUUUAUACUUACUGUACUUUAUUUACUCAAUGGUAAUGGUGAAAACGUUACAAGUAUGCUUUCAAUAGCGUUACAAGAGGAAUCAAAUUAUGGUUAAGCCUAGCAAUCUUACCUUUCGCUCUUCCUAUCUUCAAAUUUUUCAUCCUCAUCUCCAUCUGCAUCAUCUUACUCUUCAAUCCAUCACAAUCUCAUUUAUGUUCAUACAACAACAACAAUAACAACAGUUACCACUGGCUACAAAAAACCAAUUCCCUUUCAUCCAACAUUCAAAGUUAUCUACUUCUGUUGCAAGAUGAAAAGUAACUGCAAACUAUUUUAUUCUGAUUAAAGGAAACAACAAUAACAAUCAUCACCAGCAUCAUCUUUACCAUCAUCUUCAUCAUCCGAUAACACUUUUUUUUCAUCAUUUACUGUCUUCAUCCUACACUGUUACACAUCAAUAAAAGCAAACAUUAUACCAACUUUACUCAAAGACUUUAUCAACUUUUCUCAAAACCCUUUAUAUCUUAAUCAUCAUCAUCUUGUUCAUCAUCUCAUUUCACCUUACUUCCUCUUGCUUCAUCAUCAACCACAUCAUCUUGUCAUCAUCGUGCUCAUCUUGCUCAUCUAUCAAAUCAUAGUCUUUGUUCAUACAACAUCAACAGAGUGUAUAAAAGGCUCAUCCUGAAACUUGUGCAUCAUCUUUUUACCUUGUUCAUCGUUAUUAAUCACAACCAGUAAUCGUUAAUCCAAUUAACAAGAAUGUUAUAAUCAAACAAAACCAAAGAAAAAGAUCAAUCAUGAUUUUAAUUGCAACCAUUUUUCCUCAUAUUAAUAGCAACAUUUUAAUGGCAACAUCAAACACCAAACAGUAACAACAAACUUGUCUUAACACUGAAACGUCUGUUCAUAGCAAUCAAAUUAUCAUUUAAUAGCCAUUAAAUCACCAACAAGAUCAACCUGUGAAUAACAAUUUCCACCUAAUUUGUUGAUUCCAACAGCAAUCAGUGAAAAAAAGUAACCCAAAAAGAAACCAAAAUCUGUUUCUAACAGCAAAAAGAAAUAAAAAAACAAAAUCAACCAAAAAGAGUAACACCAAAAACUAAACCCAAAGUGAAUGAGACACAAAAAAAGGUCGAAAGGAAACUGGAAAAAUUAUGUGAUUUGAUUAUUAAUCAGUUGUAAUGAACCAUUUGAUUGGAAUCACUGUGACCCAUUAAUUGUUGAUCAUCGUACACUUGAAAUCCAAUCCAUUUCCACUUGUUACCAUUUAAAUUUUCAUCUCAAGUGUAUUACAAUUGCCACCAUCACUAGCAUCAAUUUCCUAGCCAAGAUCUUCAUCAUGCAACGUAGUUUGCGUAUGAAUGAUCUUCAGCUAUUUGCUUUAGCUGAUAAGGCCCUACACGAUAACAGUAAAAAAGGUUACCUGUUCAAGCGGACAACCGAAGGUUCAAAAUGGCAACUUCGCUGGUUCGUCUUAUAUCAAAACCUAUUCUUUUACUAUGACAGUGAAAGCUCGGGUAAACCUUGUGGAUUAAUUUUCCUUGAAGGAUCUUAUUGUUCAAAGGCUAUUCAAACUGGAUCAAGUAAAAACUCAACCCAUUUACAGCAUGUAUUUACAAUUAGCUUCCCAAAGGAAGGAUCAAAACAGUAUGAGUUUAAAUCUGAAACUGAAUCGGAAUGCAAUGCUUGGGUUCACUGCAUUGACGUUGCAAGUUUCAGUAAAAUGCUUUUGCUAAAAGAGGAAUUGGAACAAAAACAUUUACAUUUGGUGCAAAUUGUCGAGACUGAAAAAACCGCUAAAUCUCAUUAUACACAGCAAUGUGAAGAGCUGACAAUUGAAAUAAAAAAGUUGCGAGCUGAGAUUUUUUCCAAUCUUAAACAGCUUUGCUCAUUGAAAAAGGAAUGGAAAUUGACUCCUUAUAAACGCAAUAAUAGCAUUGACUUUGACGAUGAAUCGGAAGAGGUUAAAAAGAUCAAAAAAGUUCAAUCCUUUUUCCGAGGAUGGCUUUGCCGUCGCCGAUGGAAACAAAUAGUCGAAGAGUACAUCAACUCACCGCACGCUGAAAACAUGCGAAAACGCAAUAGCCUUGUGUUUCGUAUGGUCGAAGCUGAAGAAGAAUAUGUUGAACAACUUCAACUUUUAGUCUCUUGUUUUUUAAGGCCACUUAAAAUGGCAGCCAGUUCACAGAAGCCUCCGUGUUCCCAUGAUGAGCUCAACUCGAUAUUUCUUAACAGUGAGACAAUAAUGUUUUUACAUCAAAUCUUUCUUAAAGGUUUAACAGCUCGAAUGGAAUCCUGGCCAACCCUAGUAUUAGGAAUAGGAGAUUUGUUUGACAUGUUGCUACCAAUGCUUUGCAUUUACCAAGAAUAUGUUCGCAAUCAUCAUUUUUCGUUGCAAGUUUUGGCCGAAUGUAAGGCGAAAGAAAAAUUUGCGACACUUUUGAAGCGAUUGGAAGAAAAGCCUGUAAUCGCUAAUCGAACAUUGGAAACUUUUCUAACUUAUCCAAUGCAUCAAGUACCUCGUUAUAUAAUCACACUACAUGAACUACUUGCUCACACACCUCACAACCAUGUUGAAAGGAGAAGCCUUGAAAAUGCGAAAAGUAAACUGGAAGAAUUGUCAAGACAAAUGCAUGAUGAAGUUUCCGAGACUGAAAAUAUUCGAAAAAACUUGUCCAUUGAGAGGAUCAUUAUUGGUGGAUGUGAUGUGCUACUUGAUGUUAAUCAAGUCUUCAUUCGACAAGGAAGUGUACUUCAUUUACCUGUGCCUAAAGUAAUUAAAAGGAUUAGUUCGUACAAAGGGGAUAAAGAAGUCGUUAGACAGUGUUUCCUCUUUUCAAACCACAUUUUACUCUGCAUCAGAGCUUCCAAUGGUAAACUCAAUGUUGUCGAGAGUGUUGGACGGAUACCAUUGACUGAAGCAACUCUGAUUGAGGAACCAGCUGAACAGUUUGCCUUUAUUAUUGAUGAUUUUGCAGAGGGAUCCAUAAGCUACUUUUCACGAGCAAAUGAAGCAACUUUACCACCGUUACAUUUACCAGCCAAUAAACAGAUUUACAGUGGACUUGACUUCAAGAUAAUUUGGGACUGUAAAAGUGGUCCUCCCAUUUCAAUCCAUCUGGUUGCUCCAACAAUGCAGGAAAAGGCUGCCUGGACAAGUGAUAUUUCACAGUGUAUUGAUAACGUACAUUUCAAUGAUCUCUUCCAUAGCACUAUGAGUGAUUCAUCAUCUGUAACGAUGCCUCAAUCGAUCAGAAAUGAUCCAAGACUGUACAAGGAUGAUGUUGAUAUACGCUUUAGUCGAACCCUAAACUCAUGUAAAUUACCUCAAAUACGUUAUGCCUCACCUGAGCGUCUGUUUGAACGCCUGACGGACCUUCGAUUUUUGAGUAUCGACUUUUUGAAUACCUUUCUUUUAACAUAUCGAGUUUUCACGGAUGGUGUUACAGUGCUGGAAGCAUUGAAAAAGGUUCAUUAUUAUCCUGAAACCCAGUUAAGCUCAAUGGUUUCUGCAUCUUUACACGAUUCAACAGGCUCUUUGGAGGAUCUUCAUAGGCACGUUGAUGUCGCCUGUCCUGGUGCAACUGGCCAAGGACAUGAUAUCAUUACUCUUGACUAUGAUUAUUCCCGUCGAAUCAGUUCAACCUCGGAAAUAUCAGACAUUUCAGAUGCUCACCGAGAAUCAGUUGUCUCAACCAACUCGGAUACCCAAAUGAUGCACAAUCUUCAACAAGCCCAACAACAAUUAAUCUCACGUAAUAACCAACACUGGAGACUGUCUUACCGUAAAUAUCAAAAAGAUGAGAUAACAUUCGUUAUAAGGAGACAACAACGAGAUGCAGAAAUAAAUUCAAAAGUUGAAGAGGAACAAGCUCGAACGCGUUCUAGUCUUGCUAAAUCAGCUGAAGAACAGAUGAAUUCUCAACGUUUAACAAUUACUACUGAUCCGGUUUCAAGUGGACUUUUAUCACCUGGACCAGAGAUUAAUGUUCCUGUUCCCCCACCGCCAAGCCCAGAAGUUCCUGAUUCAUUUCUUCAUCCAGAUUUUGUAACUGAGUCCGAUAAAGAACAGAAUUCAUCUGAAGACUCGAGUGUUUGUAACACUAGUGAAAGUGAUCCUCAAAGUGAAAAUGAAAGUUUCCAGGAAGCCGAGGAUAAAUUGAGUGUACCUAGUCACAGUCAGUCAAGUGAAACUCUUAAAGCAGAUCAAAGCUCACCGACAUCGCCAACAAUUAUUAGUGCUGCUGCAAGUUUAGGAACCUUAGUGGGAAGUGCUGAUUCUAAAAGUGGCUCACCAAGACCAAGUCCUGUUAAUAAAGAUGCUCCUCAAGAAUUGCCUACAUCUGAAAGUCCUAACACCAAUACAGUAACAAAUACAAGUCCUGAUGAAAGUAGCAACAAUAUACCUACAGCUUCAGCUAGUAAUAAUAAUAUUGCUAACCAUAAACCCAGUAGUAGCAAUAACACCAAAAACGACUGUCCUCUAAAUACACGUAAUAAUAACAAGAUUAGUAAAAAUUCAACUAAUGUCAAUUUCAGUACAUGUAAUAAGAAUAUUUGCAAAAAUGUAACCCAAUCGCCAACACCUUCUCCAAUUAAAGGAAUAUUGGUAAAUUCAAUAUCUUCUCUUUCGUCGUCAGCCUCAUCUUCACCACAACAUCACUCACAUCAUCACCAUCACCAUCAUCAUCACCAUGAAGGCCGAGCAUCAGUUUCCAUUUGUGCCCCAAGUUCAACUCAUACCACACCAACUCAUACAACAUCUGUCCCAUCAGGUUCAACAUUGUCUUUCAUCCUCCCAUCUCGUAUAUCAUCGCCCAAAUUUUUUGGUCGCGGGUCAACCUCAUCAGACAAAAAUUCAGUCAAAGGUGGAGGUGGGGAGAGUACAUCAUCUGGUCCACAAUAUCUUAAAGUUCGCGGUGCAACUGGUAAAAGAGGUUCAAGUGAUACUGAAAGCACUGGCUAUGCAAGUACAUCAACAACACCGAGAAGCUCAUUCCAAACGGAAACAACAGUUCUUUCAACGCCUAGAAGUAGUUUUCAACUUCCAGAAACUCCAGUAAUGUCGUCAAAAGCUGGUGUGGUAGUUACAUCAUCUCGUGCUUCAUCUCGUCGCUCUUCAACUGCAUCAGCUGCAUCUGCUUUCGCUGUGGCCACAGCAGCAUCAAGUAACCCGCCUGAUCCAGGAACAAGAGCAGCGUUUGAAUUAUAUGGAUCUCAACGUGGUAGUCGAAAUCCAAGUGCCGUUGGGUCAGAUUUAAAGAUACCAACAACACCAAAUCGAGUGAAACGAGAAUCAGUUAUAUCAACAGCUGCUACAAUGAGAGUAUUAAAUGUUCUUAGGCAUUGGAUAUCUAAACAUUCGCAAGAUUUUCAAAGUGAUCCUCGUCUGAUGCAGAUGACAACAGAAUUUCUUGAAGAACUUGUCAACAAUUCAAGUUUAUUGCCUGCUGAACAUAAAGCUGCUAGUCAAUUGCUCACAAUGAUAUCGAAAGAAGAUUCAUCUAAAAAGGUUGAUCUUGAUGUUUUACUGGCACCACCACAGAUGGGAUGUAAAGAUACUUUUGACACUGUGUCGGCCAUGGAAAUAGCUGAAUCAAUGACUUACCUUGACCAUAAGAUUUUCAUCUCAAUACAAAGUGAAGAGUUUCUCGGUCAAGCAUGGAUGAAAUCAGAUAGAGCAACUAGAGCACCUCAUAUACUAUUGAUGACUCGACGGUUCAAUGAGGUUUCUCGUUUGGUUGCCUCUGAAAUAAUGAGAGCCACUGAUAUGCAAAAACGUAUUAUGAUCAUUGAAAAAUGGGCCGCCGUAGCUGACAUUUGUCGAAUGUUUCACAAUUUUAACGGAGUUCUUCAAAUUUGUGCUGCCUUCACUAAUUCGUCAGUUUAUCGACUCAAACGGACCUGGGAACGUGUUAAAAAAACGGUACCUGUUAGACAAAGUAUAAACAAAUUACAAUCAUUAGUCAAUACUGAUGGACGAUUUAGGAAUAUGCGUGAAGCCUUGCAUCGCUGUGAUCCACCCUGCAUACCAUAUCUGGGAAUGUAUCUAACAGAUUUAUCUUUCAUUGAAGAGGGAACACCAAAUUUCACUGAAGAUGGAUUACUCAAUUUCUCAAAGAUGAGAAUGAUUGCUCAUGUGAUAAGAGAGGUUCGCCAAUAUCAACAAACACCUUACAAAAUUGAAAUGAAUCCUCGAGCAAUCAACUAUUUAUUGGACACUUCAAGGCAUUUAUCUGAUGAUGAACUGUAUCAACAUUCAUUGGUACUUGAACCCAGACUGUCAAGACUAGGGACCAAAAUAACACCUACUUCUGGUGGCUCAUCAUUCAGUGGAACCAGUCCAUCACACUUUCCGGGAUCUUAACUAUUAAUAAUCUUAAAAAUUGAAUGGAAACCAUGCAUUCAAGCCAAAAUUAUUAUUAUACAUAUUCACAUAAAUAUACAAAUAUCUGUUAUGUAUGCAGCAAAAUUGAACCAAUAUGAUGAAUCAAAUGCUAUGCCUAAUCCAGGAAAAGAAAUAAUUGGAACAUGGAAUUAAAACGGAAAAGUGUUGAAGAUGUUAAUCAAGCUUUUAACAGAUGUUCAAGGAUUGGAAAUUGAAAAUUGAUUUCACUUAUAUCAUCAAUAACAAUUUUGAUUCGUCUUUUACUUUGAAUUUCAACGUGAACUGGAAAAAGGAAAACAAGAAAAGGCUGUUUUUCAAGCAAAAGUGAUAAUCAGCUAAAUAAUAGCAGCUCCAAAUCCUGAUGCUUAUGAUUGUCUAAGCAAAUGUUUGUACUCAGAGGAACAAAAUAAGAAUGUUUUAUAGCUAUUGUUAAUAUUCGUAUUAUUCUUGUUACGAUUCAAUUGAUUUAAUCUGACUCGUGGACCAAAUUAAUGGUGAAAACUGGUUUGCAGAUGCACCUCUUAAAUGGAGGGGAAUGGUAUUCAUUAUAUGAGUAUCUGAUUAACAGAAUUGAAAAUAACGUUUCAAUUGGCAUUUCAAAGGUAAUUGAUCAUAAUUUGAUGCCUCAUUCAUCUUCCAUCUUCACUUUGUUCAGGAUAAUAUCCAUCAUCAACUUCAUAAUUACCACCACCAUCAUCAUCAUAACCACUCAAACAUUAUCCACAAAGAAAAGCCAAAAUUUUCAUAAACUAUCAACUUUGACUUCUGGUUUAAUCGAUUGUCUACUUAACCCCAAGCAAUUUAUACAAAAAGACAGUAACAGUUGAUUAAACUGUAGCCAAGUUAACCUGCAAAGACGAAGAAGAGGAUCAAAGCUCACUGAAUCCAUUCCAUUAACAAUUUAAUUCAAAUGAAAUCCAAAAACCUUAAACCAAACUUCAUAAGCCGAAUUAAUUUUGUUAUACUGAAAUAUCAAGCAAAAAACUUGUACAAAGAUAAUAAGUCUAACCAAAUCAAGUGACAAAUGAUUAACUCAAAGGAAAAGGCCAAAAAAGUAUAAUCAAGAGAAGCACAAUUUCAAUGAAAAAAGGUUAAUUGGUGUUCAUUUUCUUGAUGAUAUCGUUGAAAUCAGAAAGAUAUAAUAUUUAAAAGAAAAUCAUAAAUAACCAAGUGAUUACAAUUGUAUGUAACUAACCAUCAUCAUCUGUAUAAUCAUCAUUAAUCCAUUGCCAUUUCAUCUUUCCAUGGUAUUUUUAUCACCAAAUCAACAGUCACAAUAAUUAUUAAUAUAAUUAUUUAAAAUACAGAAAAUGAAACAAUAAUGCACAUUUAAAUUGUAACUGUAUUAAUCAAUGAGCUUUUCUUUUGCAUUCAAUCAUUUUCAUUUAAGUGUUGACAGUUAUCCGUUUUAUUGUUUCAAUAUUUUGUCAAAUCUGCACAAUUUAUUGUUGUUGUAAGAUGUAAUAAUUGACCGUGUUACUAAUUCACAACUGGUUGAUUCAAAUGAUUUAUCUACACCAAAACCAGAAUCCAAUUUAAAUCUCUAUAAAUAUUUACUUAUACAAAUGUAAGAUUGUUAAAUACAAAGUGUUAUUAAUUUA